AUGCCUCCAAAAAAAUCAUCGUUAGGCAAAAAAACUAAAGGGUCAUUGGUUCAACAGUCUCUAAGGAGUCAGGAAACACCACAAGAGCGCGAAUUUCGCCUCACUAAUGAGCGGAAUAGAGCCUCAACUUCAAGAGCUGCUGAAACAUUGGAACAUUAUAAUGCACGCCUUGGAACUCAAAGAGUAUUUGCGUCUACCUCACGUAUUAAUGAAACGCCAAAUAAGGAAAAUGAACGACUUUCCAAGCAACGAAUUAGAUCGUCAAGAUUGAGAGCUCAUGAGGCACCCGAACAACGGCAAGAACGCCUACAAAAUCAACAGACAAGAUCGUCAAGAUUGAGAGCUCAGGAGGCACCUGAACAACGGCAAAUACGUCUUCAAAGUCAGCAAAUCAGAUCGUCAAGAUUGAGAGCUCACGAGGCACCCGAACAACGGCAAGUUCGCCUUCAAAAUCAACAAAUCACAUCGUCUACAUUAAGGGCUCAGGAGACACCCGAACAGCACCAAAUUCGUCUUUCCAAUCAAUAUGAUAGAACUUUAUGGUUAAGGUCUAUUGAGACAACGGCACAACAUGAUCUUCGUCUAAGCAGUCAACGUUCCAGAUCGUCAUCCGUUCGAGCUAAUGAGGUACAAAGUGAACGUGAAGGACGUCUCAGAAACGGCCGUUUAAGGGUAGCGAAUGUUAGAAGUAAUGAAACACCGGAAGAACGAGAUAGACGUCUCAGAAAUGAGCGCUCCAGAGUAGCGCGAAUGAGAGAUAAUGAGACAUUAGAGGAACGUAAUGCACACAGAAUUUAUAAUCAACGCCGAAUUCAGAACCGUCUAAAUGUAUAUGAACGCAUCGCAUUCAAUUACGAUCCAAAUAUGGAUUACACUGAUGACGAUUUAGUCUCUAUUGGUCAAAUGGAUAAUGUUUGCAACUAUUGCAAUGCCUUAAAAUACAAAAAUGAGCCUCCCGGAAUAUGCUGCGGUAAUGGCAAAAUUGUGUUACCCGAAUUGCGACCACCACCGCAACCAUUGUUGUCAUUGAUGACGUCGUUCGGUGCCACUAAUGUAGUUAGAGAACAUUUUAUGCCAACAUUUCGAGUCCAGGGCCAAAUAUAUCAUCGUAUGGGAUCAUUGUUACCAACCAGAGAUCAUAAGUAUGUUCAAAUUUAUUUUAUGGGACAAGCAGAUGACCUUGACCAAGUUCAACAGCGUCGUCAAUACAACCCCGAAACGCGUGAACGAAUUGUUGCCGAAUUACAACUAAUGUUGCACGAAAACAAUGAAUUAGUAAGAACAUUCAAGAAAGCUAAUGAUGAUCUCCAAUUAUUACCAAACCAUCAAGUUGUAAUACACGCUGACAAGAUACCAGCAGGUGAACAUCAAGGGCGCUAUAAUGCACCUACAGCUAAUGAUGUCGCAAUUUUAAUGGUGGGAGAUCCUGUGGCACAUAGAGACAUCAUAGUUCGUCGAUACGAUGAUAGGGUAAAUAGAAUAUCGGAAACCCAUCGAUCAUACGAUGCUCUUCAGUAUCCUGUUAUUUUUCCAUACGGAGACGAUGGAUACCAUUUUGAAAUUCGUCAAAUAAAUCCAGUAACAAAUGUCCCCACCAGCAAAAAAGUGAGCUCAAUGAAUUUCUACGCGUAUCGUAUCAUGAUCCGUCAAAAUGCUACAAACCACAUAUUGAAUUGUCGUGAAUUGUUUCAUCAGUACAUCGUGGAUAUGUAUGCAAAAAUUGAAACUGAACGUCUUAUGUAUAUUAGGCAUCACCAAUCAAAAUUGCGUGCAGAUGAUUACAUUCAUCUUCGAGAUGCUUUAAACAAUCAUAACGAUAUCAACCCAAAUGAUCUGGGACAAGCAGUGAUUUUGCCGGCAUCUUUCACAGGAAGUCCCCGCCAUAUGCAGGAGUAUACGCAGGAUGCAAUGGUUUAUGUGCGUUCAUAUGGUCGACCAGACUUAUUUAUUACAUUUACAUGUAAUCCAAAGUGGGAGGAAAUAACGUCUGCAUUAUCGAGUGGUCAGACAUCGGUACAUCGUCAUGACAUAAUAGCACGGGUCUUCAGGCAAAAGCUUAUGUCUCUAAUGGAUUUCAUGGUCAAGCUACGUGUUUUUGGAGAAACGAGAUGUUGGAUGUAUACGCAAGAGUAA